UAUCCAACGGGAUGGAAAUAAGGGAGGGGCCUGUCGGAGCGAUGCGAUGAGCCUUGCCCUCCAACUUCCCCUGCAGGACGGAGGGGAGGGGAGGGAAGCGAGAGUCAGGUUAACUUAGUUAUCCUGCGUAGGCACCGGGGAGCGGAUCGCUUCGACAAUGCAGUCUUUGGAGGCUGCCCGAGGGACGGUCUCUCUGCGGAUAUGGCACCUGCCUUUCUUUUUCUGCCUGAUUGCUAUUUUGUUUUCAGUACAGGCACCCCCGACCAUGGCUGAGGGAAGCGGCCUUGCUUCGGUGGACUAUGAGGUGUUUGGGAAGGUGCAAGGGGUAUUUUUCCGCAAACAUACCCAGGCACAAGGAAAAAAGUUGGGUCUAGUUGGCUGGGUCCAAAAUACUAACUAUGGCACCGUGCAAGGACAAAUCCAAGGACCUCUUGUCAAAGUCCAACAACUUCAGGAAUGGCUUCAGAAAACUGGAAGCCCCAAAUCUCACAUCGACAGAGCUGAAUUCCACAAUGAAAAGAAAAUUGCUCAUUUAGAGCAUAGUGACUUUUGUAUAAUCAAAUAAAAGGCUUAGGAAUAGAAAGCAUUGGAUUUAUAAAGUCAACCAUGGACUUGUCUAGAAGAAAGUCAUUCAUUUAGUUUUCAUUUUCUUGUACCGUAAUUGGUUAAAUACAUUCUUUCUGUUGUAAUUAUUUAUUAUAUGAAGCUUCUAUUAAAUAUUUUAAGAUAAACAUUUCCUGAAUUGAGUGAUGUCCCAAUAUUUUGACUGUUAAUAAAGACACAUUUGCUGCAUCAUA